AUGUUCUCUCCUGAAGGCUUGCUCAGGGCUACUGUCCUUUCCGUGGUGCCUGAAGGGAGGACCAGGGAUUUGUUCUCAGGCCCAGACCUAAGGGAAGAGAGCAAUGGCCCCUCACAGGAGCAAGGUAGGCCCCACUGUCCAUGUAGCCACAUCCUGGGCCAGGACUGCCUAGAUGGGCAGAUCUUGGGCCAGUUGCGCACCCUGUCAGAAGAGGAAGACUCCUCUGGGGCUACCUUCUUCGGGGAGCCUGCCUUCCCUGAGAUGGAUUCAGAGGACCUCCGCCUAGCCUCCUUCUACGACUGGCCAUCCACUGCGGGGAUCCAGCCUGGGCCAUUGGCUGCUGCUGGCUUCUUCCACACAGGCCAGCAGGACAAGGUGAGAUGUUUCUUCUGCUACGGGGGUCUGCAGAGCUGGGAGCGUGGUGAUGACCCCUGGACAGAGCAUGCCCGAUGGUUCCCCAGGUGUCAGUUCCUGUUACAGUCAAAAGGACGGGACUUUGUGGAAAGAAUCCAAACCCACACCCCCUUACUUGGACCCUGGGACCAAUGGGAAGAGCCAGAAGACACAAUCCCUGCCGCCCCCUCAGCUCCUGCCUGCGGAGGCCCUGAGUUACUCACAUCCAGAAGAGUGACCCAGCCUGAAAGUGCCAGUGAGCCAGGAGCCGGGGACGUGCAGGCACAGCUGCGACAGCUGCAGGAGGAGAGGACAUGCAAGGUGUGCCUGGAUCGAGCAGUAUCUGUGGUCUUCGUGCCCUGCGGCCACUUAGUCUGUACGGAGUGUGCCCCCAACCUACAGCUGUGCCCUAUCUGCCGGGUGCCUAUCCGUAGCUGUGUGCGCACCUUCCUGUCCUAAAGCAGGUGAGGCCCAGCCUGCAGCC